GCAACUUUCUUGGUGCACUGUCGGCUUUAUCUAUCUUCAACUUUGUGCACCAAAACAUAACCCACAGAUGGGUUACCGAGGGCAAGUCAUGUCAACUUCUGUGUUAAUCAUUUCAGCGGCGUUGCUGUUGUUGUUGUUGGGAGGCGCGACGGCGGAGGCACAUAACGCCACCACCACCACCAAUAUGAUUGCGCGCCGGAGAGCGGCGGCCGGCGGUGGGUGCAACCUGUUUCAGGGGAAAUGGGUGGUGGAUGUCUCAUACCCUCUCUACCAAUCCUCAAGCUGCCCUUUCAUUGACCCUGAAUUCGAUUGCAUUAAAUAUGGGCGCCCUGAUAAACAGUUCCUCAGAUACGCCUGGAAACCUGACUCUUGCAACUUGCCCAGGUUUGAUGGUGUGGAUUUGUUGAGGAAAUGGAGGGGGAAGAAGAUUAUGUAUGUGGGUGACUCACUGAGUCUCAACAUGUGGGAAUCUAUGGUUUGCAUGAUUCACCAAUCGGUGCCCAAUGCCAAGACCUCCUAUUCCAGGACUGGAACACUUUCUUAUGUAACCUUUCAGGACUAUGGAGUAAGUAUAUAUCUUUACCAUUCAACUUACUUGGUGGAUAUAGUAAAGGAAAAUAUAGGAAGGGUCUUGAAACUGGACUCCAUACAACAAGGUAAUGCAUGGAAAGGAAUGGAUGUCCUCAUCUUCAACACUUGGCACUGGUGGACUCACCAGGGAAAAUCUCAACCAUGGGAUUAUGUACAAGAUGGGUCUCAAGUAACCAAAGAUAUGGACCGUUUGGUGGCAUUCUACAAAGGCUUAACAACUUGGGGAAGAUGGGUUGAUCUCAAUGUUGAUCCAUCCAAGACCAAAGUCUUCUUCCAAGGAAUUUCUCCCACUCAUUACAUGGGUAAGGAGUGGAGUUCAUCAACCAAAAACUGCAACGGGGAGCAGCUGCCACUAGAAGGAACGACGUAUCCUGCAGGAGCACCUGCAGCCGCAGUUGUCGUUAAUAAAGUCUUGAGUAGGAUCCAGAAACCAGUUUAUCUGCUCGAUAUCACGUUUCUGUCACAGUUAAGGAAAGAAGCCCACCCAUCAACUUACAGCGGGGAUCAUUCGGGUCUGGAUUGCAGCCACUGGUGCCUUCCUGGACUCCCCGAUACCUGGAACCAUCUUUUGUAUGCAGCUCUCUAGUUCUGUGAAGAUAAUCUUCUCCUCACCGUUAACUCCCUGGCCUCGAUAAGCUUAUAUAUGAGAAUUAAUUCUGUAAGAACAAACACUUGAAAUCAUAGUUUCUCGUUAGGUUCUGUUUCCACUCAUAGGCAUUGGUUGUAAAGUUAUUGGACACUGGUUCUGCUGUAAACUCAUUCAUCAUACACCUGUCUAAAAUAAAACAAUCACAUGUUAAUUUAAAACUCAAAGUUGAUUUAUUC